CUCUCCUAUUUCGCUUUGCUCGCCUUGGAAUCCGAGAGCCCAGACGAGGAGCAGGAUUCAUGAACCGGCCUCAGGGGCCCGGGCAGGGGCCUCUGGCUCCCGACGCUGGCCGAGAGGUGAUGAGUGAGGUCGGAAGAUCGGAAGAUUUACAAAGCCACCGGGGCCUCCGUUUUGAAUGAAAGACCCAGUGCAAAGGCAUCAUCAUGAACACGAGCAUUCCUUAUCAGCAGAAUCCUUACAAUCCUCGGGGCGGCUCCAGUGUCAUCCAGUGCUACCGAUGUGGAGACACCUGCAAAGGGGAAGUGGUUCGUGUCCACAAUAACCACUUCCACAUCAGAUGCUUCACCUGUCAAGUGUGUGGCUGCGGCCUGGCCCAGUCGGGCUUCUUUUUCAAGAACCAGGAGUACAUCUGCACCCAGGACUACCAGCAACUCUACGGCACCCGCUGCGACAGCUGCCGGGACUUCAUCACAGGCGAGGUCAUCUCGGCCUUGGGCCGCACCUACCACCCCAAGUGCUUCGUGUGCAGCUUGUGCAGGAAGCCUUUCCCCAUUGGAGACAAGGUGACCUUCAGCGGGAAAGAAUGCGUGUGUCAGACGUGCUCCCAAUCCAUGACCAGCAGCAAACCCAUCAAGAUCCGCGGACCAAGCCACUGUGCUGGGUGCAAGGAGGAGAUCAAACACGGCCAGUCGCUCCUGGCGCUGGACAAGCAGUGGCACGUCAGCUGCUUCAAAUGCCAGACCUGCAGCGUCAUCCUCACCGGGGAGUACAUCAGCAAGGAUGGCGUUCCGUACUGCGAGUCUGACUACCACUCCCAGUUUGGCAUUAAAUGCGAGACUUGUGACCGAUACAUCAGCGGCAGGGUCUUGGAGGCAGGAGGGAAGCACUACCACCCAACCUGUGCCAGAUGUGUACGCUGCCACCAGAUGUUCACUGAAGGGGAGGAGAUGUACCUCACAGGUUCUGAGGUUUGGCACCCCAUCUGCAAACAGGCAGCCCGGGCAGAGAAGAAGUUAAAGCAUAGGCGGACGUCCGAAACUUCCAUCUCACCCCCUGGAUCCAGCAUUGGGUCACCCAACCGAGUCAUCUGCGCUAAAGUGGAUAAUGAGAUCCUUAAUUACAAAGACCUGGCAGCUCUCCCCAAGGUCAAAUCCAUCUACGAGGUACAACGCCCCGACCUCAUUUCCUACGAGCCUCAUUCCAGAUACACGUCCGACGAGAUGCUGGAGAGAUGUGGCUACGGAGAGUCGCUGGGAACAUUAUCUCCUUACUCCCAGGAUAUCUACGAAAACCUGGACCUCCGGCAGAGACGGGCCUCCAGCCCAGGAUACAUCGACUCCCCCACCUACAGCCGGCAGGGCAUGUCCCCCACCUUCUCCCGCUCGCCUCACCACUACUACCGCUCUGGGCCCGAGAGUGGCCGGAGCUCUCCAUACCAUAGCCAGUUAGAUGUGAGGUCCUCCACUCCGACCUCUUACCAGGCUCCCAAGCACUUUCACAUCCCAGCUGGAGAAAGUAACAUCUACCGGAAACCCCCGAUCUACAAACGGCAUGGUGAUUUGUCAACAGCAACCAAGAGCAAAACAAGUGAAGACAUCAGCCAGGCCUCCAAGUACAGUCCAGUCUACUCGCCAGACCCCUACUACGCUGCAGAGUCUGACUACUGGACCUAUCAUGGGUCCCCCAAAGUGCCCCGAGCCAGAAGGUUCUCGUCUGGAGGAGAGGAGGAUGAUUUUGACCGCAGUAUGCAUAAGCUCCAGAGCGGAAUUGGCCGGCUGAUUCUAAAGGAGGAGAUGAAGGCCCGGUCCAGCUCCUAUGCCGAUCCCUGGACCCCACCCCGGAGCUCCACCAGCAGCCGGGAGGCCCUGCACACAGCUGGCUAUGAGAUGUCCCUCAAUGGCUCCCCUCGGUCCCACUACCUGGCUGACAGCGAUCCCCUCAUCUCCAAAUCUGCCUCCCUGCCUGCCUACAGAAGAAACGGGCUGCACAGGACACCCAGCGCGGACCUCUUCCACUAUGACAGCAUGAACGCCGUCAACUGGGGCAUGCGAGAGUACAAGAUCUACCCUUAUGAACUGCUGCUGGUGACCACAAGAGGAAGAAACCGACUGCCCAAGGAUGUGGACCGGACGCGUUUAGAGCGCCACCUGUCCCAGGAAGAAUUCUACCAAGUCUUUGGCAUGACCAUCUCCGAGUUUGACCGGCUGGCCCUCUGGAAGAGGAAUGAACUGAAGAAGCAAGCCCGGCUGUUCUAGGCAGAGGCUCUAUAAAUAUAUAUGCAUUUAUAUAAAGAUAUAUGUAAAAUCUCUAUACUGAAGCUCCGUAUAAUCCUCUCUUGUGGAAUGGGGCACACUGCCUGCCAUGAAACGUCCUUUUCUGUACUGUCAGGCAAGCCCACGUCAUUGAGAUAUUUUUAUGCUCCUUACUUUCUCUUUUCUAAGUGCAAUGGGGUUUGGGAAGGGAUUUGAGGGGACUCCCAUCCUUUUACUGGGGGACCCUUUUUAUACUGAAACAUCUGUCCUAACUUGAGUCCCCCAAGUUCCAACUCUCCUUCCUAGAGGAGGUGCCUGCAGAAGUCUCUCUUCUGUCUGCUCCUUGGCUCUUUUCCCCAGCUGACCAUGCAGCUUUCACACAUUACUGGCCCCAGAGGGGCCCCCCAUGGGAGGAUCCACAGUGGUCCCCCAAAGUCACAGAGCACCCUUGAGAGCCCUGAAGAGUUUUCUCAUCACCCGCAUUUAGGAGCUCGGUGCUCUCUGCGGGCAACGCGGUUGAAAGUGUGGGCCUCAGAUCUACUGGUUAUAGCAGUAAACAGAAGUGCAUAGGACCUUGGCCUCUCCUCAGCUCUUCAACCCUCCUCCUUCUGCCCUUGAUCCGAACCUCUCUCUGGUCCAAAUCUGCGACUCAUGGUAGGAAAAGAAAAGGCACUUCCCUUCCCUCUACCACUUCAAUCGCCCCCUAGCCCCGACUGGAGAACCGGAGGGAAGGAGUUGAAGCUGGAAGCAGGAGACAGAGCAGGGCAUCUGUUAGAAUUGGAGCUGUGGGACCUCUGAGGACCCUCCACUCACCCUCACUGCUCCCAGCACCUCCUGACCCUUCCCCUUUGUAGGAGAGGCCCAUGAUUGCAGCCGGUAUUCUUCAGCCUUACUACAAUCUAUGUGCCUGACAACUCAACACACCACAGGGCUAGCGUUCCCAUCACAGCUCACCUGAACAACUGGACAGGUGACCUCUAACACUCUUCUAAAGCUGAUAUCGACCACGUCCCAGAGAAAGGUUCUCAGUCUAUACCUGCUGGUCCCUGGGCUGGCAGGGCCUUCCAGCCAGACUCCCACCAGUCUGACUCCCACUGCAAAGUUGGCCAUGUUUCAUGGGGGAAACUUCGGAAGAAUGGAUGCUCAUGAGAUUCCAAAAUGAAGCAUUGGCCAACACUGUUCAUGAUCAUCCUGGAUCUCCCCAGAGGCUGGCUGUCCUGCCUCCUUGCCUUCUGGAACAGAGGAGAAAGCGUAACCUUUUCUCCUCCCCUCUCUAACCUUUGGCCCUGAGUUGCUGUUGUCUGGUGGGGUCUGUUUCUUCUUGGAGAUGCCGUGAGUCAGACCAUUUUGAGGUCUUGGAGGAACGACGAAGAAGUGGAAAUGACAGUUAUGUCUCUCAAGAGGCUGGGGAUGUGACGUGGCAAAUGUAGAACUGACUUCAACGAACCCUCACUAAGCACCUGCUGACGCUGAGCACCUGCUGUAUACUGAGCACUGAAUGGGGGAGGGAGAUGGGAACACAGGGACGAUCAACAUGAGCCGGUCUAGGGGGCGUGCCUGCUAAUAAUGGGUAUCAGAAGGCAUGUCCCCAAACAGGAUGGAUGUAAGGCAGAAAGUGAUAGGAGAUGGCGUGAGAAAGUGUUUGUGACAUUACUGAAAAGGCAUAUGCAGUCGGUGCAGACCAAGGAAAGCUUUCUGGAAGGGAUUGCAUUUGAGCAAAAUUCAGGACAGAUCUUUGUAAACUGGGAGAAGACUGUAACUUGAAAGGGUAAUAGGAUGAGGGGCCGGAAGGGAGGUCUAGGAUGCUCUCAUUUAAAAUGUCAAACCUCUCUGCCACUUCUCUUUUUGGCCAAUGUCUUUCAACUGUCCUAACCCUUUAGAAGUGUCCCCAGCCAGAUGCAAUCAUAGAAACUGCCUCAUUAUCACUGGUUGAGAACUUGGCGAGAUUGAAGGGCUUUUGUUAUUGUUGUUGGAUACUUUUGUUUCCCAUAAAAGCACAUAAUUUCAACCCAGACCUGUGUUCUUCUGUUGUGUCUAGUAUGAGUGGAAAUGAGUGACAUGGGAGGAGGCUGAACCAUGCACAUUUUUCAAAAUAAAAGAGACU